ACCUCAAUCCUGAACUAACACAGACCACGAUGAACUCGCUGGUGGUGUUGCUUUCCGUGAUGGCGCUUUCAGCCGCCUCUCCCUCUGGCCUGGUCUACGGACCGGGAGUGAUCAGCUACUCUGCCCCGGCAUUGGCUGUUGCCCCAUCAGCUGUUUCCCAUCAAUCCCGUGUGGACAUCAAGUCGACUCCAGCUAUUGUAUCCGAAACUAUCACCCCUGUAGCUAGCGCUGCCAUUGCUGAACCAGCUGCUAUUGUAGCCGCCCCUGCUGCGUACGCUGCCCCAGCAGCCUACUCUGCUAACCUGGCUCAAUUAGCUUACUCUCCUGCCGUUGGUCCAGUAGCAUACUCUGCUCCCGCUGCUUCAGUAGCAUACUCUGCUCCCGCUGCUCCAGUAGCAUACUCUGCUCCCGCUGUCAUUGCUGCCCCCGUCGCCCCAGCUGCCGUAUCAAGCCAGUCAAGAGUAGACAUUAAGAGUUCACCAGCUGUUAUAAACACUGUAGCCUCCGCUCCAUGGUUGAACACCAUUGCCGCUGCCCCUAUAGCAUACAGUGCUCCAUUCGCAUCCGUAUACGCACCUUCAGCUUUAGCCGCGGUGGCACCAUCAGUCUUUAGAUCUGCUGCAAUUGCACCAGUUGCUGUUGCUCCAGCAGUUGCUGCGCCCGUUGUUCCUGCUGCUCUUCCAGUUGCCCCCGAAGAAACACCUGAGGUAGCCGCUGCCCGUGCAGCCCAUUUAGAAGCUAAAGCUCAGGCUGAGGCCGAAGCUCACUCCAUCCACAAACGUUCAGCCCAGUUCAUCGCUGCUCCAGUUGUCUCUUCCUACGCUGCCCCUGUUGUGUCGACAUACGCCGCUUCACCCGUCGUCUACUCUGCCCCUGUAGCGCGUGUCUCCACUUACGGUGUACCAGCUCCAUACUUCACGAGAGUGCUGUGAACACCAUUACAAAAGUGAGAAGUAUUAACAUUAGAAAUUCAAAAAAAAAUUUUUUACUCUUAGUUUUUACUUUUCGGUUCAGUUGAGAUCAAGUACUACAAUAAGAAUAUAAAUAAACGGUCACCAAU